AUGGUUAAACUCACCCUAGAUUUCGCCGCCGACAGCGAGAAUGACGCCUACGACAACCUUAUCGAAACUAUACGGAAUAGACUCGCAGUAGGGGAACCUAUUGAGGGUGUUCCGGUAUUGGCUCCGCAGGUUCCCGCGGGAGGGGAGCUUGAGUUCUUUGACGUGAACCUGUCGUACACAGACCGCGGGACAACGUUUACCGUCCAAGCGCAAUUCCGCACCGAUAACCUCUACCUGGUCCGCUAUCGCCGAGGAAACUCAGACCCCUGGCAAGAGCUGGAUGGACGCGAGAACUAUAACAGCUUGACGACGGACGCAGGCUUAAGAUUGGAGGAUAUCCCGCUAAGCUCCAGCCACAUCGGUGCGGCGAUUACAACGCUGGGGGGGAGGACGCGGAAUGAGGGCCACACCUUCGAUUUUGAUGGUGAAUCGACAAACAUCUGGGAGUUCAUCGGCGCCAUCAGGGCCCUUGGUAUCAUGCACCUGGCUUACACGACAAGUAGACCAAGACGCUCUACUCACGACAUGGCCGGCACUUCUUAUUCUACUUUUGCCCAAGGGCAGCCAUUGCUCGAGAUUUUUUACGUGCGUAUCAAUUCCUUCGAUGGGGAGGUACCAGGCCAGCUUUACGGCGCCAUCACCGUCACCGACAGCGCCCGCACCCACGGCAUCUGGGAACACAAGCAGGACAAGUACGUCGAGAUUUAUCCAGGCGACAACGUCCUACUCGAAGGCCCGGACGGGCCUCUGUCGGCCGCCGACGAGUUCUAUAUCCAACUUCAUCUCCGGGACUAUGACGAUGAUUCUAUCGCUGAGGACACUGUCGUGUUCAACCCGCUAGAUUCCUUGACCGAGUACGAUGUCUUUAGGAACCGCGAGGUUGCCGGCAACAACGGCUCCGUGACGGUGGGCUACGUAGCCAUUACCGACGGCCUCUACGCACAGAUCACCGUCAUCCUAAUCGACGGAGAUGGCAACAACCCUGCCAAAGUAUACGGAGAGAUUACGGCAAAGAACGGUUAUGGACAGAGCGAGCUCUUCCGCAAGUCGAACAGCAGUCAGCAUGUCGAUGUAAAGCCACAGCACGAGAUCCCCUUGUCGAGGACUGUUAUAGCCGUCCCCACCACGGGCACCCUGCGCGUUGAUGCCAAUCUCUGGGAACACGACGCAACCAGCGGUGAUGACGAGAUCGCAUUUGGGUCCGUCGAGUUUCAGCCUCUGUACAAAAUGUCGGAGAAAAAGACUAUCACAGGCGAGUGUGGCGAGGUUGAGGUGAGGGUUUCCUGGAUGUGA